UCCAUGCUGCCUUCUCCCCACCCGAGCUGAGCGGCGGCGGCGGCGGCGUUUGAGUGGAGGAAGAUGGCGGCUCCGGGAGGCUCGGGGUCCUGGCAGCUGUGAGGACUCCCAAGCACUGCAAGCGCAGCCUGGGGCCGAGUGCCUCCGGUCUGGUCCUGCCCCGGGGUCCGUCACCACUAUCACCAGCGGAGCGAACCCGAGAACGUGGAGCGGGCUGGGCCAGAUCUGCAGUGGACGAGCGAACCAGAAAGAUGUGCUCCUUAAAACUGAAGCCAUGAAAUGUGCCCCGGAGCUGUUUGCUGCUUCCUGCUACCUUCACAUCCUUUCCUGCUGGCUAUGACUUCACUCCGCUUCACACAGCUUCAGAGCUGGAAGCAGUAGCCAGAUCGCCAGGCUCAAAGUCUUCUUACCCUAACUUUGCACCUCAGGCUUUGGAGUGGAAUGUCAUGGCCAGCUCCUCAGACAGUGAAGAUGACAGUUUCAUGGCUGUGGACCAAGAGGAACCUGCGCCGGAGGGGACAAUGGAGCAAGACGAGAAUGCACACCCAGGCCUGGGGGCUGAGGAGCCACGACACAACCGGUCUAUGUCCGAGCUGCCGGAAGAAGUCUUGGAGUACAUCCUGUCCUUCCUCUCCCCGUACCAGGAGCACAAGACUGCCGCCCUCGUCUGCAAACAGUGGUAUCGACUUAUCAAAGGAGUAGCCCAUCAGUGUUACCAUGGUUUCAUGAAGGCCGUCCAGGAAGGAAACAUUCAGUGGGAGAGCCGCACUUACCCAUACCCUGGAACCCCAAUUACUCAGCGGUUCUCACACAGUGCAUGCUAUUAUGAUGCUAAUCAGUCUAUGUAUGUGUUUGGAGGUUGUACCCAGAGCAGCUGCAAUGCUGCCUUCAAUGACCUCUGGAGACUUGACCUCAAUAGCAAAGAGUGGAUUCGACCUUUGGCUUCAGGCUCCUAUCCUUCCCCCAAAGCUGGAGCUACUCUGGUUGUGUACAAGGACUUGCUAGUGCUCUUUGGUGGCUGGACACGGCCAAGCCCUUAUCCUCUGCACCAACCAGAGAGAUUCUUUGAUGAAAUACACACUUACUCACCCUCUAAAAACUGGUGGAAUUGCAUUGUAACAACCCAUGGGCCCCCUCCCAUGGCCGGCCACUCCUCCUGUGUGAUAGAUGAUAAAAUGAUUGUCUUUGGUGGCUCUUUAGGAUCCCGGCAAAUGAGCAGUGAUGUCUGGGUCCUUGACCUCGAGCAGUGGGCAUGGUCCAAGCCGAACGUCACCGGCCCCAGUCCUCAUCCUCGAGGUGGUCAAUCUCAGAUUGUCAUAGACAACUCGACUAUCUUAAUCCUUGGAGGGUGUGGUGGUCCCAAUGCUCUUUUCAAGGACGCUUGGUUGCUGCACAUGCACUCGGGUCCGUGGGCCUGGCAGCCGCUCAAGGUAGAAAAUGAAGAUCAUGGGGCUCCGGAACUGUGGUGCCAUCCAGCCUGCCGGGUGGGACAGUGUGUGGUGGUCUUCAGCCAGGCUCCUAGUGGGAGAGCCCCCCUCAGCCCCAGUUUGAACUCUCGCCCAUCACCUAUCAGUGCCACUCCUCCAGCCCUGGUUCCUGAAACCCGAGAGUACCGCUCGCAGUCUCCCGUGAGGAGUAUGGACGAAGCUCCUUGUGUUAAUGGCCGCUGGGGAACUCUGAGGCCCAGGGCUCAAAGGCAGACUCCCUCAGGUUCCCGGGAAGGGAGCCUUUCCCCGGCCAGAGGAGAUGGCUCUCCUGUCCUCAAUGGCGGGAGUUUGUCUCCAGGAACAGCAGCUGUUGGUGGCUCUUCCUUGGACAGUCCUGUACAGGCCUUAUCUCCAAGUACUCCUGCUGCUGAAGGAUGCGACCUAAAAAUAGGACUUGCUUUAGCCCCUCGGCGAGGGUCACUACCAGAUCAGAAAGAUCUGAGAUUAGGGUCCAUAGAUCUGAGUUGGGACCUGAAACCUGCUUCCGGGAGCAAUCAUAUGGAUGGUGUGGACAACAGGACAGCUGGGGGGAGUUCAAGACACCCUCCAGAACAGACCAAUGGUGUGCAUACCCCUCCGCACGUGGCCAGUGCCCUUGCAGGGGCUGUCUCACCCAGUGCCCUGCGUCGGAGUCUGGAGGCCAUCAAAGCAAUAUCAUCCAAAGGCCCCUCGGCUUCUGCAGCACUAAGUCCUCCCCUUGGGUCUUCUCCUGGCUCUCCUGGGAGCCAGAGCCUUAGCAGUGGAGAAACAGUCCCCAUCCCCCGCCCAGGCCCAACAGGAUCUGCCCAAGGAGAUGGACAUUCCUUACCUCCCAUUGCCCGCCGCCUGGGCCACCACCCGCCACAGUCCCUCAAUGUUGGCAAGCCCCUGUACCAGAGUAUGAACUGCAAGCCCAUGCAGAUGUACGUGCUAGACAUUAAAGACACCAAGGAGAAGGGGCGUGUCAAGUGGAAAGUAUUCAGCAGCGCCUCUGUUGUGGGACCCCCGGAAACCAGCCUGCACACAGUGGUCCAAGGCAGGGGCGAGCUUAUCAUAUUUGGAGGACUCAUGGACAAGAAGCAGAAUGUGAAGUACUAUCCAAAAACAAACGCCUUGUACUUUGUGCGUGCAAAGAGAUAAUGUGUGCGAAAUCCCCUGUCCCUUUCUGUAGCUUUUCAUUUGGAAUUUUCCAGUGUGCAAGCAUUUGGACUAAGAAUUGGGAAAACAAUAACAUUAUUCCUAUAAACCAAAACUCCAAUGCCCGAUCUAACUCACUCCAGGCUGGGAUCAAAUCUUCAUUAAGAAAAAAAUUAUAUAUAAAAUGUAUAUUAUAUAACCAACUCUGUUUACAAAAAAGAGAGAGAUCUCCGUCCUAGUUCAGAUAAAGUUGUUGCUGUGUUUUAGCAGAGGCUGAGCUGCCUUUUUCUACCUUGCUGAUAACUAGACCAAGAAUCAUUAAGUUUCCAGUAGAAACUGAAGAGCCCCUGCACAUCUAUCUUCAUGUGGCCUUCUCAGAAUCAGAGAACAGGAAGGGCAUAGAUGAGACCAAAGGAGCUUUCAACGCAGCCCCCACUUCUGCGGUGCUGGUGGGGUGAAAGAAACUCAGAAGAAAACCGCAGAGGACCUGUGCCAGCUCCGCAGGAUGCCCUGUGCCUGGUCCCCUUCUGCCCUCUGACCCAGGGAGUCGCCCAGCAAGGAGUUUCCUUUUCCAAGUGUGCCAGGAUCAUCGAGGAUCAGCUCACACAGCUGACAUCUGUCCACCUCAUAUCCCAUUGCUCCUUUGAAUGCUCCCUACAUGUCUCAGAAAACAUUUGCUAUUUGUGGAAUUUUCUGACAAUCAUGUUUGAUUGCAAGUUCCCAAAACUUGUAUUUUCUGCUUUUCCUUAUUUUAGAAUUUUUGUUCUCAGUCUGAAUUUCCCAUGUGAAGGCUCCCCCCGCCCCACCCACACACCUUUUUCCAUGUGGAUUUCCUAAGCCCUAAAACUUUUUCUCACUUUGCUUCUUUCACAGCUCAGGUUCCUGGAGAAGUCAGAUGCUCCUUAGAAAUGCUUCCAGAACCCUUUCCCUGGCAUCUCUAGGAGACAAGUAUGGAAUUCUAAGAUGCUAGUAUAGUGGAAAACCCUUGAAGCUUUGAAGGGCACUCUGUGGGUUUCUUUUUAGUUCCAGAACACAUAGGGCACGCUCAUCUGAGUUUAUAGAACAAGGAAGUUGGUUCUGGGAAAAAUCCUAGUGACAUUUCAUUUUAAGGGGGGGGAAUUUUUUCCCUGUGACAUGUGUUCUUGUGCCUGGCUGUUAACAGGUGAUUGGAUUGCACAUCGUGUACUUGACCUUUGUGACAUCUGGCGCCCUGGGGAGCAACUUCAUCAAUUAUUUGUGUUUGUCUUGAAGUUCUCAUGUCACCCAACAGGGCUUGGGUUUUAGCUUUCCCUUUAUUUCUGAAAUAAGGCACAACCAAGUAAGAACAUUUCUUUGGUUAAUACAGAAAGUUAGACGUUAACUGUCUCCAAACCAUGCCCAGAACAUAGGAAAUGUCAAAUGAGUUUAUUUCAAAUGGGACCGUUUAAAUGUGAGGUUUUGGUGAUUUCCCGUCAGUGGAUAGAUUUUUUAUUUUACCUUUAAGAUUUCAAUUUCAAAGCAUGUUUCCCACCCCACGCUCCCUUUCUCUUGUUAGCAUUUCUCAGGCACAAGCCGUCUACAGCUGGCCCUGGAUCCUGGCCCCCAGCCAGCACUUCACAGUCUUUCUGACAAGUGUGAUUUCUCCUGUUGCAUCAUGCUGAACCCUUCCUCUCACUGUCCGCGCCCUCAGUGUGGUCUUGAUGGGGAAGCCCUCUGGUGCCAAGCCCAGGAAAGGGCCAGCUCACGGGGAGGGUGCGCGUCCUGAAGCCGCUCUACUGCUCCCUCGGAGGAGGAGACCAUGCGCCUACUUCCUCUGGUGUCACGCCGCUCGAAGCUGUGCACAGGGCUUUCCGAAACUCCUGCUCUGUGCCAAUGCCAGUCCUUCCUUGGCCAAGACUGUUCAAUCACAUGGGGUCCUGAUUUAUAAGGCGAAGCCAGCCUAGAGAAUUAGCAUCCUAGGAGGUUUGGUGUCUCUGCUGUGCGGAACCUCAUCUAUGACAUUGUGUUUGUGCAUGGACAGUGCCUCCACACUCAGUUCCCACAUAAGUAUGAAGUGUUUGGAAGCUUGAAAGUUCAGAAUCUUCACUUGGUAAUCUUUUCCUUGUCCUGUGGCCUUCCUACGCCAGCUGUUCACCUGUUGAUUCCUGUGCUUUCCCAAGUAGGCAAGCGACAGAAACAUUGAUUCUCUUAGAAAGUAACCCGGCUCCUCUGAACUCCAUGCACCCCAGUAUUACCCGCACCACUGGGGACUAGACUGUCAGUUUACAGCCCUCUGAGAACAAUCCACCGCGUCCACACUCAAGUGUGUGCGUCUCGACUCCCGGGCACUGUGGGUGUGGACCCAGUACAGUCAUGAUUGUCUCCUUGGGCACCUGGGGGCCACCUGCAGUGGGGGUCUCAGUGCCACUGCAUGGGAUGGAACCACAACUCUGUUUUUGAGGUGAUACCAAUUUUGUCUUAAAUUCAUUGAGAGAAAUGAGACAAAAUAUUUUUCUUUAAACCCUCAGGAGCACCUAAAGGAAAUAUUUAUCAGUAUUUAAGUAUUUAAAACACAUCUUGUUUCUACUUGAAGCUUUAACCCCUCCAUUCCUACAAGUGUGCCUUUGAGAGCCCCCCGGGUCAUAAUGACUUCACUGGUCACCACGCUGACCUCAUUAAGAAUUUUUAGUCUCUUACGCCCUCUUGGACAGAGCUUCCUGUUCUCAUUUCACGUUAUACAGCAGAGAGCAUUCUGUGUUUUUGUUCCUAUUUCCACCCUUUUCCACACAUGGAUGGUGGGCUACAUUCCCCCUCUCUGCCCCCCAUUCUGGAAGCACCAGUUUGGUGUCAGAACAAGCUUAAAUUUUGUUUUCAAGGCAAUACAAGACUUACUCUCCUCCUAGCCUUCUGGGGUUGACUUGAUUUUAACAUUUGCAUUUGUAGCAAGAGCUGAAACCAUAGACUAUCUAGGAACUAUAUUGGAACACUUUGAUAAAGAGGAGGAGGAGGAAGAAAGAAACCCACCGUAAAAGUCUUGACUUUGGAGGAUGGAAUGCCACUGGCCAGCAGACAAGGGGAUCGUUCCCUGUCCUUCACCUUGUCAGUCUGGGUUUCCUCCGCUUCGCUUUCCCUUCCCCUUCAGAGUAAUACACCUGGUUGGUCUGUCUGUCCGUCCUUGUCUUCCUGGUGAUCCUGGCAUGGUGAUGUGCUCUGCUUUGCAUUAUCUGUGGUUUUGCACCAGCGUUGCUGUCAGUGGAGAGGAUCUGAAGACGCCAGGGUGGCAAGCCCAUGCCCAGCUGUCCGCCAGAACUGUAGAAGGCCUGUUCUGCGGCUCCCUGCCCCGUGUUCGUUGUGAGUGAGAGCAAACCUUAGGCUUGGGCUCCACUGAACUCUACCUGCUCUGCUCCCUCCCACCAAUCAGGGUUCAUGUCAGUGCACACCCAUCGUGCCCUGGCAAAGCUGGUGCUGUGAGUGAUGUUUCCCAUACAGUUCGGGGGUGCCAGCCGGCUUACCCUGAGAUAGUAGUCAUUUUAGGCACAUAACAGUGUAGGAAUGAAAAUGGAUUUCAUGAAUAUUUAAAUCUGUCGGUUUCAUUUUUUGUUAAUGUUUUCCCCUGAUGACUUUUUAGCAAUUUAACAAAUAAAACAAAAUGGACAGAA